AUGUCAUCGGAGGAGAAUCCUAAUUGCUGCGGAGUCAUUGAAAAUAAACUUUUACAAAACAAAGUAAAACGUACGCGACAACGUGUGGACGCGGGGGAACCGAGGAAUAGUUAUUCUUCGAUACCUAAUUUCAGUUCUCGCCCGUCGUUUCUAAGUAGUGGGUUGUACAGUGCUAUUUUCAAUCCGGGUCAGAAGCAUUUCGGGUUUUUCGGUCCGGGCUUCGCGCCCGCAAAAAUGCUCAAUGAGCUACUAAAUAGGCAAGUGAAAACAGGUAGCGAAGCUUCGAGUCCCGUCGAUAGCAUGAUUGCCGUAGAUGCCUCAAAUUCCGAAAGUAAAAUGAAUUUGGAUUGUUUGAAAUCCCCGGCUAUAAUGCGUCAGAGUUUGGACGAAGAAAGCAGGCAAUCUUCGCAAGAUGAAAUGGCACACAACAUGCUUAGGGAUAUUCUGCAAGGUCGCAAGAAAGAAUUGCUAGCAUUGGAAAACGAGUUGAGAAGUGUUAGUGCAAAUGGUGUUAAACCCGAACCGUUGUCGCUAGAAAAUAACAAUACUAUUAAUAACAAUAAUAAUAACAAUUUAAACAAUAAUAAUGUAAAAAUUGAAUAUAAAAAAGGUGCUUUAAGUGAUGUGAUUGAAAGUGACAUAAAGUCAAGUUCCGUCGGGGAAAUGUUGUCACUGAAUGAGAGCGAUGGCCUUAACGUAGACAGUGAUAAUAUAAGCGUGGAUCAGGAAAAUUCAACCGGGAAUUUAGACGAAUCCCCGUGUGAAACCCGAGUUAAAACGGAAGACGCACUAAGUACCUUUAAUAGCAAUGUUUGUUCAGACUCCGAAGCCUCGAUUCCAUCUCCUCUGUCAGAAACCAAAGAAGACGCGGAUACAGAUGUUCCUUAUACGAAAUCUCCCGAACCGAGACCGCAAAAAACAGGACAAAUAGAAUUAAAACGAGCUAGAGUUGAAAAUAUUGUUUCGACAAUGAGAUCUAGCCCGACAUUACCGAUCCCCGUGAAUGGAUGUAAAAAAAGAAAAUUAUACCAUCCUCAACAGCACGAUAUUAGCGCAGCAGAACGUUAUUCGGAUAACGGGUUAAGUAACAACGGAAGUUUGGGUACCAUUUUGGACGAUGAAGAUUCCGAACCUCCGGAACUCAGACAAAAACUCGUUGAGAAAAACGCUCUUAAAACGCAAUUAAGAUCAAUGCAAGAACAAUUAGCGGAAAUGCAACAUAAAUACGUACAAUUGUGCAACAGAAUGGAGCAAGAAUCCGAAUGUCCGGAUCAAGAUGACGUGGAUCCAGAUGCAGAUGUAGGAAGUGAUACGGAGCCAGAGGUAAGAAAUUCUUCUUCUGAAAAACCGGGAAACAGUUCGGCCGCUCCAGCCUUUCCGUUUUCUUCGACGCCUACAACUCAAACAUCUUCCUCCCCGUCAAUUCCUAAUUUAAUCUCUUCGAAACUCCAUUCUUUAAACGCUCCUUUAAAUCCGGACAGUCAUUUACUACUUCCGAAUAUGAAUGGUCCUCUAUCGAUGGUGCAAAAUCAACAUUUACCACAUUCGGAUCACCCGAAUAAUUCAGCUUUACAUUACGGGCAACACGGUUUUAGUAAUGCUGCAGCAAUGUAUUUAGGAGUGAAUCAUAAAUUAUUUUUCGAUCAGGAAUCCAAAGUAUCAAAAUCCGAAAAUCCGAGUGGAUCAUCGGAAUCGCAGCAUCACCACCACCACCACCACCAUCACCACCAAAGCGUUUCGCAAAGCAAACAAGAAUUAAAAGCGCAGCAAAAAACUCUUAAUUUAAGCAGUAAUUUAUCUCAUUCAUCGCAAUCUCAUUUAAAUUCAGGACAUUCCCAAUCAUCAUCCUCAAAUCAUCACGUUCAAAAUAUACAAAGUGAAAUACAAAAUCGUUUGCAAUCUCCCCAAAAGAGAUCCUCCUCCGAGUUCUCGGAAAGACUUUCAAUGUUUCGAAACACCGUGUCGGGGGUAGGACCGGUUACGGGUACUGAUUUAGAAGGACUCGCGGAUGUGCUCAAAACUGAAAUAACUUCUUCUUUAACUAAUUUAAUUGAUACCAUUAUUAAUCGAUUCGUUCAACAAAAACGAUUAAUGGGUAAACAAACAGAGACUGCAUCCGUUGCGGCCGAGCAAUUAAAUAAAGAUCUUAUGCUCGCAUCGCAAUUAUUAGAUCGUAAAUCUCCGCGAACGAAAGUUAUCGACAGAACGCCGAGCGCGUCCGGAGAAAGAUUAGGAAAUUCCCUUUCAAGUGGCACGCAAAAAACAGGGCCCACGACAUUACCGAUUCCGCAUCAACAAACUACGCCGAUAAGCACGGCAAACAGCACUCCAGCAAAUACGCCUAAUUCAGAAAUAGCCAGCAACAGUACGAGCGUUCCCGUGCGUCCUUCGCCGAGCAAUUCAAUGUUUCAAGCUCCGAAAUUACCCAGCGGUGGAAUUAAUCCGGCCGCAGCAGCAGCUUUGUAUUCAUCCAUAAGCGGAAUCGGAGUACCGAAUACAAAUCCGCUAUGUUUAUCAACGGAAUCCAGAGACAGCAUUCCCGAACAAAAUGAAGCGUUAAGUCUAGUCGUUGCUCCGAAAAAGAAAAGGCAUAAAGUAACAGAUACGAGAAUCACUCCCAGAACGGUGAGCCGCAUUCUAGCCCAAGACAAUAUGGGACCUUCUCCCUCGAAUUUAAGCGAGCAAACCAAACAAUUCAACAACAUAAUAGCAUCAACAAGCAACAACAGCGGAGCCGAAUCCCCGCCUCCCCGAUUAUAUCAUCCGCCGUCUAUGUUGCCCGUAUCCUUACCGACAUCGGUGGCUAUUCCCAAUCCGAGUCUUCACGAAUCCCAAGUUUUUUCUCCCUACAGUCCUUUUUUUCACCAGCAUCAAUCUCAUCACAUAAAUGGAAGUCCCCCAGUUAUGGUAGAUCACAGGGAUUCGCCUCCUUUAACAAAUCCCCCUACCAUAUUACAUCCGGCACUUUUAGCUGCUGCUCACCACAGCGGCACUCCCGAUUUUGUUCACUUCAGAGGAAGUUCCGGUUUGGGAGAUUGUGGAGAUCGAGGUUCAGAAGGAAAUAGUGGCGAUGGACCGUUUGAUGGACUUCAACCUUCGAUAUCCUUUUAUUAUACAAACGAAAAAAAAAAAGAAAAAAAAACUCACGACAAAAAAAAAACCGUUAAAAAUCAUUCAAUAAAAAAAAAAAAAUAUUUUCUUAACUGUUAUGUUUACUCGUCAACUUUGACUCCGAUGCAUUUACGGAAAGCUAAAUUGAUGUUUUUCUGGGUUCGCUAUCCUAGUUCUGCUGUAUUAAAAAUGUAUUUCCCGGAUAUUAUGUUCAAUAAAAACAACACGGCUCAAUUAGUGAAAUGGUUUUCAAAUUUCAGGGAAUUUUAUUAUAUUCAAAUGGAAAAAUAUGCAAGGCAAGCAGUUAGCGAAGGAAUUAAAAAUGCUGAAGACAUACACGUUAGCGCUGAUUCAGAGAUUUACAGAGUCCUAAACCUUCACUACAACAGGAAUAACCACAUAGAGGUUCCUUCAAAUUUUCGAUUUGUUGUCGAGCAAACACUUCGAGAAUUUUUCAAAGCAAUUCAAACGGGAAAGGACACGGAGCAAUCCUGGAAGAAAUCUAUAUAUAAAAUUAUAUCCAGAAUGGAUGAUCCAGUUCCUGAUUAUUUUAAAUCUCCUAAUUUUUUAGAACAACUCGAAUGA